UUGUCGUUGAAUUUUGGAUUUGGGAGUUCAUGUUUCUUUACGGUGGCGAAUGAAUCAGAUGAUAAAGGGAACCCUUCCAAAGUGAACAAUGAGAAAAAUCGAUUGAUUGAUGCCCACCCUCACCCACACAAAGCCCCUCUCACUCAACUCUCUCCUCCGAGCUUGCUCUGCUUCAAAAUCUCUCAUCCAAGCAAAGCAACUUCACCACCGCAUCAUCGUCAACGGGUCAAACACUAACUCUUUCUUCGUUACCAAGCUAAUCCAAAUCUACGCCGAUUGCGACGACCUUGGGUCUUCCCUCUCCUUGCUCCACCAACUCUCCCACCCCAACCUCUUCGCUUUCACCUCAAUCCUCGCCUUUUACUCCAGACACCGCUUUUCCCACCAAUGCAUUCAAACCUACGCCCAACUGAGACUAAACGGUGUCGUCCCAGAUGGUUACGUGUUCCCCAAGGUGUGCAAAGCGUGUGCUCAGUUAUCUUACUUGAGAACCGGUGCUGUUUUGCACAAAGAUGUUAUCGUGUUCGGGUCCCAAUUCGGCUUGCAAGUUUGCAAUUCCGUGUUGGACAUGUAUUGCAAAUGUGGAGAUGUUGAGAGUGCCAGGAAGGUUUUUGAUGAAAUGGCUGAACGAGACGCUUUCUCGUGGAAUUCCAUGAUGUCGGGUUAUGUGUGUAAUGGGUUGCCCCAGAGGGUGGUUGAGGUGUUGGGGUUUAUGAGAGAGGAAGGGUGUGAACCCGAUGUUGUCACGUGGAACACUGUGAUGGAUGCUUAUUGUAGGAUGGGACUGUGCAGUGAGGCCUCCAAGGUUUUUGGACAAAUUAAGGAUCCUAAUGUGAUUUCGUGGACAACCUUAAUCUCGGGUUAUUCUAGUGUUGGGAGGCAUAGUGUUUGUUUGGAGAUUUUCAGGGAAAUGCUGAAUGUUGGGAUGGUUUUGCCUGAUGCGGAUGCUCUUUCUAGUGUCCUUGUUUCGUGUAGGUCUUUGGGGGCUUUGGCAUGUGGGAAGGAAAUUCAUGCUUAUGGGAUCAAAAUUAUGAGGGGGGAUGUGUUUUAUAGGUCUGCUGGUGCUGCCUUGUUGACAUUGUAUGCUGGUUAUGGUAGACUUGAUGCUGCUGAAAAUGUGUUUCUUAGAAUGGAUGAGUCUGAUGUUGUUACAUGGAAUGCCAUGAUUUUUGGGUUAAUUGAUAUGGGAUGGGGAAAUUUGGCACUUGAAUGUUUCAGAGAAAUGCUGGGAAGAGGUUUAAAGAUUGAUCACACUACUGUGUCUACUAUAUUGCCUGUUUGUGAUUUGAGAUGUGGAAAACAGAUACAUGCAUAUGUUGUUAGGAAAAGCCAUUUCAGUUUUGUGAUUCCUGUUUUUAAUGCACUUAUUCACAUGUACUCUAUCCGUGGAUGCAUUGGAUAUGCAUAUUCUGUGUUCUCUACCAUGGUUGCGAGGGACUUGGUUUCGUGGAACACGAUUAUUGGAGGAUUUGGAACACAUGGGCUUGGCCAAACUGCUUUGAAACUUCUGCAGGAGAUGUGUGUUUCAGGCAUUAGCCCUGAUUUGGUCACUUUUUCUUGUGCACUUUCAGCUUGUAGCCAUUCAGGACUUGUGGAUGAGGGGAUUGAACUCUUCUACGGAAUGACACAAGAUUUUGGCUUAACACCAGUGAAGGAACACUUUUCAUGUGUUGUUGACAUGCUAGCCCGUGCUGGCAAGCUUGAAGAUGCUUUUCAUUUCAUUAACCGAAUGCCCUUGGAACCAGAUAAACACACGUGGGGUGCUUUACUUGCUGCAUGCCAAGAGCACCAAAAUGUUAGUGUUGGUAAACUGGCUGGAGAAAAAUUGAUUGGUUUGGAACCUAAUGAAGCUGGUCACUAUGUGACACUGUCAAAUAUAUAUUCAAGAGCUGGAAGAUGGGAUGAUGCUGCAAGAGUACGGAAGAUGAUGGAAGGCCACGGAUUGCUGAAGCCAUCAGCACGUAGUUUUGUUGGUACUUUAAGUUAGCCUAGAGGCGAAGACAACAUGAUCUAUUCAAUAUUUUGAUCAUACUUCCAAACAUUACCUACUGUGCAUUUUCAAUUAUGCACCAAGAGUUAGAGGUGUAAAACUAUUUAUUGAGUUGCCUUAGGAUGGGAUGGGACUCUGUUUAAUGUUGUAAUUAAUUAUGUUAUCAAUAUUUAAAUAAAGAAAGUAAUUGAUUUGAAAGAAUUUUAAAAUUAAAAAAGUUCUAUAUAUAAAAGU